AUGCUCAGAACCCUUGAGUACGAGUACACUCCCCACACAGUCGACAAUCGCCCGACCGCGGCUGCUGCGCUUCUGGAGAGGCGGCAUGUCCAGGUGCUUGCAGACUUGAAUGAGUUAAAGCGAAAGGGCUGGAGCGAGGAAAGCCUCCACGGUCACUUCAGCCGACAGCGCAAUAUAGCGGACAGGCCUAACCAUCAAACCGAGAAAUUCUGGUUUGGAAUGAUGAAGAAAGGUAUGGAAGAGUUGGACGCCGCCACCGGCAUUCUAUCUUCCAAUCACCGUGGUCAAUUACACUUCCUCGAUGUCUGUUGUGCCCCUGGCGGAUUCAGCUCCUAUGUACUGGGACGGAAGCCCUUCGCCCGCGGAGUUGGGAUUUCACUGCCGGUCUCCUCCGGGGGUCAUGGAUUCAAGCUCGAACCCUAUUUCCGUGCCCACUACGACCUCAUCGAAAAAGAUAUAUUGGAGUAUGACCAUGCCCUCCACGAUCAAUCCGACUCUCCGGCAAGAUUCCCUGAGACGAUGUCCCAACGAUUCGACCUUGUCAUUGUUGACGGACAUGCCUUGCGGACCUAUCUAGCUCCAUUUCCUUAUGAACCUUCCGCGGACGACCUUGAAAGCGCACAUCAUUCAUACCGUGGCCGCCUCAUUAUCUCUCAGCUCAUCAUUGCCCUCGAAGCAGUUCGCCCUGGAGGGACCAUCGUCAUGCGUCUGUCCCAUAUUGAGUCCUUCCCCGCCACGCCCAUUCUGUAUCUCCUCGACAUGCUGUCGGACACCCUUGUCGUGCAUAAGCCUCGUUCCAUGCACGCCUACCGCGCAACUUUCUACGUGGUAGCCAAGGGUGUCGCGCCUGCCCGAGUUGCGGGGCAGCAAGCUCAUUACUUGGCGGGGUUGAGGCGUCUCUGGGCCGAGCUUAGCUGUGGUGGCUCGAGCGGACGCGGGAGGCAAAUGGUUAAUGGAGACCUGGAUUUUAUCGUCACCACCAGCCAGAUCCUGGACAGUUACGUGGAUAGGCUGGUAGAACUUGGUCGUGAGGUGUGGCAGACACAGCUGGACGCGUUACGCACAUUCUUGGAGAGAAAGGGUAUUCGGUGA